UUGAACUCCGUCUUCAGAGCACAAACCCUGAGAGAAAUAGCAGAGCAUCGAAAUGGGCCUAUGGAAGCAGUAAACAAUCGACUAUUUGCUGAUCAAAAAAAUGGAUGAGUAUGCGAGAGAGGAAGCCAGAGAAAGAGAAAGAAAGAUAGAGAGAUGGAAACAGAGAGAGGGAUUCGGGAGGGAGAUGGGUGAAAAUUAUUGUGUCUUAGAUAAACUGAAUCAUCUAAUGAUUAGUAAUGCGUGCAAUUUGACAGAAGAUCAGAUAGAUCAUAUCGACUCUUUUUACCAUCGGCUAAGAUUCCUAGCAAUCAUUCUCAAUGAUAUGGACGAGAAGCAGCAGCAGCAGCAGCAGCAACAUGACUUGAACCAUGAAGCUAAAAACCUGCCGAUGCAAAUUUAUUAUGUGAUCUGCAAAACAAGACAACUCAUCCGUUCUUUUGAUGUUGAAGUUCCAGAGCAGAGGGACAACAACAACAAUGGUGACAAUUUUUUUGAUAUUUUAAUUGGCACAAAUAUCAUGGAAGAGAUUAAGCCGAUCGAGGCAAAAGUGGUGCAGUUUUAUGACCAGAUAAAUCAGAUUCAACUCCUACAAGAUUUUUAUGAUGGAGUCCAUUCGUCGAUGUCAAUGUCAAUGUCAAUGGAGAACAGAACCAUGGUAGAUGAAGAAAUUACAGUGGGCUUUGAUGAUGAGGCGUUGACUAUAAAAAAGCUACUUGCUGGAGGGAAGAAGCAGCUACAAAUGAUAUCAAUUGUUGGGAUGCCUGGACACGGUAAGACAACUUUAGCCAGAAAACUGUACGAUGAUCCUUACAUCACACACUACUUUCAUAUUCGUGCAUGGACCUAUGCUUCUCAAUUACCCAGAAAAACCGAAAUGUUGUUGGACAUUUUACAUUCUGUUACUGUCGAUGAAAUUGAAAACAUGACCAAUGAGGAGCUAGGUGAAAAGUUGUACAAGCAAUUAAAAGGCAAGAGAUAUCUCAUUGUCAUUGAUGAUUUAUGGCAUAUUAGUGCCUGGGUCGAUCUUAAAAUGUAUUUCCCCAAUGACAACAAUGGAAGUAGAGUUAUGUUCACCAGUCGUCUCAAAGAGGUGGCUAUGCAUGCCUCACCUAAGUGCCAUCCUCAUUGUCUGCGUUUUCUCACUGAAGAAGAGAGUUGGGAGUUAUUAGAACGGAAGGUAUUUCAAAAUGAAAGUUGCCCUCUAGAACUGAUUAAAAUUGGGAAGCAAAUAAUGAAAAAAUGUGAAGGGCUUCCACUUGCAAUUGUUGUAAUAGCAGGACUUCUUGCAAGAAACAUGAAGACACGAGAGUCGUGGAAACAAGUUGCCCAAAGUGUAAGCUCAUACAUUGUUAGUGAUCCAAACCAGUACUUGGACACACUAGUACUGAGUUACAAUCACUUGCCUCGCCACUUGAAACCAUGCUUUCUCUAUUUAGGAGCAUUUCCACAAGACCACGAAAUCCCGGUGCAGAAGUUGAUUUGUUUGUGGAUAGCUGAGGGGUUUAUACAAAAAAUUGGGCAGAGAAGCUUGGAGGAAGUAGCAGAGGAUUACUUGAUGGAUCUAAUUCAAAGAAGUCUGGUAAUUGUUGCUCAAAAAGGGUUUGAUGGUCGAAUUAAAGCAUGUCGUAUGCAUGAUUUGUUGCGUGAUUUAUGCUUGAAGAAAGCCAGCGAAAUUAAUUUCCUGCAGUGGAUUCACAAUUAUAAUGACUCUUCUCCUUCUUCUUCAAGUAAUUACGAAACAAAUAACCAACGCCGCCUGUGCAUCCGGUCUUACUUCUUACUAGAAUUUGAUCAUGUUCUCAAGUCUUGUUCCCCAGCAGUUGUUCAAUCAUUAUUGUGCUUCAAAAAUAAGUUUGAGAGAAAAAUUAGAAAUGCCGGCAAUCCGUUUGGUGAUGUGUGUUCGUUUAUUUGUUGGACCUUCAAACUUCUUAGAGUGUUGGACAUGUGGUACAUCAGUACCUUCUUUUCAAAAGAAUUAACCCAACUUGUUAAUUUGAGGUAUUUGGCAAUUAAUUUGAACGAUUCCUGUGAAUUACCGCAAUCAAUAUCCAAUCUCUCAAACCUAGAAACACUUAUUAUUAUUUCUACACAAUGGAGAAAGCUUAUUUUGCCAUGUAAUGUUUGGAAGAUUCCAAAGUUGAGGCAUCUUUAUGCUAAAGGAAGAGCAAAAUAUGAUGUGUCUUUAUGUUCUGAAGAAGCAGUGGUGGAUCACAACCAUCCCUCUAUAUUAGAAAACCUACGAACCAUCGCAAACUUCAACCCUUGUGGAUGUAUUCAGGAUUUAUUGGCAAGAACUCCUUAUCUUACAAAGUUGGGAAUUUGUGGACAUCUGUUGUCAGAUUCGGAGAAUUUGAUGUUUCCUAAUCUAGAAUUUUUAAGACACCUUGAGACUUUGAAGCUGCACAACAAUGUUUUGUGCAGAUACCCAAUUACUCUCGGAGAGGUCAAGUUUCCUGCAAAUAUUAAGAGGCUAACCUUGAAAUCUACAAGGCUAAAGUGGGAGGAGAUGUCAGUCCUUGGGAUGCUGUUACCCAGCCUUGAGCUUCUCAAAUUAGAAUAUAAUGCUGCCUGGGGAACGCAAUGGGCAACAACUGAUGGUGGGUUUCCUCGACUCAAAUUCUUGAGACUGAGGAGCCUCAAUGUCGAGCAAUGGAUCACCUGCUCUAGUCACUUUCCAAGCCUUCAACACUUAUCAUUGGAAGGUUGUCGAAAUCUCAGGGAAAUACCAUCUAGUUUGGGGGAUAUACUCACUCUGCAGCUAAUUGAGGUAACCUUUUGUCAUUUCUCUGUUAGGGAAUCUGUCAGGAAAAUUAAGGAAGAGCAAGAGAGCAUUGGAAAUAAUUGGUUGAAAGUGCUGAUUAGGAAACAACCAUGGGGCCUUUGAGUCAAAGUGUAAUGAUACAACUUCUAAAGUUUGCUUUUUGGCUCAAAAUGGUCCAAUAGUUAAUAGUCGUUGGGCUUUUGGACGGAAACCCCACGUGUGCCUUGCGCGCACGGGACUUGCAUGGGCUCUCUCUUUCAUCAUGUUUAUCAAUCAACAAUUUUGACUUUCUUGACUGUUUUUGCAACAAUUCAAUUUGUUCUCUAAUAUUAUCACUCAAAUUCAACUCAUUCAAAGGGAAAACAUCCAAAAGCGUUGAAAUUUCUUGAUUGAGAUCAUGAAAAUGGCCCGAAAUAGAAUGGUUUUGAAGCAAGGACCGAGAAUUCUUUUGCUGAAACGGUAAAGCCCUCCCCGAGAACGACGCAAUGAGCUCCGCUGAAACCAAAGCUAGGGUUUCAACCAAAGCCACCUCCGUUAGAUCCAACGGUGCUAGAACGCCUCAACUGAUGGCAACCUCCUCCUCCACAGCGAUGAAACUAUUGCCACCGACGCCAUAACCAAAUCUCCCUCCUCUUUCUCUCUCUCUCUCUCUCUAUAUAUAUAUGUAUAUAUGUAUGCAUAUAUAUCUCUCUAUUUCGUAGUUUGAAACAAGGAUUGAUUAGUGAAGCUCAAGUGGACUCCUUCAAUUUACCUAUGUACAUAAUUCGCCCCAAUUACAUGGUUAGGGUUGUGGAAAGAAAUGGAUGUUUUAGCAUUGAGAGAAUGCAACUGACAGACCCCUUGUUGAACAUUGAAGAGCCAUUUGGAUGAAUUAUU